AUGAUCGCUCAUGGCUAUCAGAAGGCAAUUCUAGAUUCCUCGGAUGGAGGUAUAAACACGGUUCGAACAACCAUAUAUGACAAAGUUCGCGACAUUCAUGGCUGGCCAGAGGGUUAUUAUGGCCGCGGUUUGAUAAAUUGUACCUACCUUGAUGAUCUCGAGGGUCUUAGUGAGGUCAAAAACCGCGAGUUAUAUUGUGAAGAGCUGAAUAAGGGCGACGUGGGCUACGGGCCAAAGGGACGACUUACCACAUAUGCUGGUACUGGGAUUGGUCUUAUCAGUGAAAUAAUAACCGCUGGGGAUAUUGUGAAGUCUAUGCAUGAAGGUGUUCACCAGAUUCUCCAUGGACAGCGCCAGCUCAAACUUUAG